AUGCAAUCAGAUCUAUCAAAAGAAAUAAUUGCAGAACACAAAAUAAGAGGAAAUCGUUCACCUACAGUAGGCGCUUCUCCACGUGGAGAAAAAGAAACAACUUCAUCCUUAUGGGAUAGACAUGAAAAUAUGCUCUUGAAAAAUAUGGCCAAUGCCAAUGAAGGUUCUGGUAAAAGUUUUGGUACGAUACCUGCUGAAUUGAAGCAGUAUUUAGAUCAGCCAAAGAUUUCAAGUGUCACAAAUCAGGAACAACAAUUAACAUGGUUUGACUUUUAU